ACCGCAUAUUUUCCACUCUCUCUCUUUCUUUUCCACACUUUCUCUCUCUUCUUUUUCUUUAUUUUCUAGUCUUCUCUUCUCUGUCACAGAUCUUGAACCAGCCAUUCAGUCAAUAACUGAGAGCACCAGAAUCGCCAAAACACAAACAUUUCUUCAUCCAGAAAAUAUGGGCUUGUCUUUGUUAUCAAAAGCAAGUCCUUGCAUUUUGUUCUUGUUACUACUUUCUUGCACUUGCUUCACUUCAACAGAUGCUUAUGAUGCACUUGACCCUAAUGGGAAUAUCACAAUCAAAUGGGAUAUUAUAAGCUGGACACCUGAUGGAUAUGUUGCUGUUGUUACAAUGAACAACUUCCAACAAUAUCGUCAUAUCGCAGCACCUGGCUGGUCACUAGGAUGGACAUGGGCAAAGAAGGAGGUAAUUUGGACCAUGAUGGGAGGGCAGACCACUGAACAAGGGGAUUGUUCAAAAUUUAAGGGAAAUGUUCCACAUUGCUGUAAAAAGAAUCCGUUAGUUGUGGAUUUACUUCCUGGAACACCUUAUAAUCAGCAAAUUGCAAAUUGCUGCAAAGGUGGGGUACUCAGCUCAUGGGCUCAGGAUCCAACCAACGCAGUUUCAUCAUUUCAAGUCAGCGUUGGUAGAGCUGGAACCACAAACAAAACUGUCAAACUCCCAAAAAACUUCACCUUGUUAGCACCAGGACCAGGUUAUACUUGCGGACCAGCAAAAAUUGUGAGACCCACUCAAUUCAUUCAAGCAGACAAAAGGAGAGUGACCCAGGCACUUAUGACAUGGAAUGUGACAUGCACAUAUUCGCAAUUUCUAGCUCAGAAAACUCCUACUUGUUGUGUCUCCCUCUCAUCUUUCUAUAAUGAUACUAUUGUACCCUGCCCAACAUGCGCAUGUGGCUGCCAGAGUAACUCAUCUCAAUCAGGGGGCUGUGUAAAUCCAGACACACCACAUUUGGCAUCAGUUGUUGCUGGCACCGGAAAGAAUAGUUUUACACCUUUGGUUCAAUGUACUAGUCAUAUGUGCCCAAUCCGAGUCCAUUGGCAUGUUAAGCUUAACUACAAGGAGUACUGGCGUGUGAAGGUUACUAUUACUAAUUUUAAUUACAGGAUGAAUUAUUCAGAUUGGAACAUGGUUGUUCAACACCCAAACUUUGACAAUCUGACUCAACUGUUCAGUUUCAACUACAAGUCAUUAACUCCUUAUGGGACAAUAAAUGAUACAGCGAUGCUUUGGGGAGUAAAGUUCUAUAAUGAUUUUCUAAAUGAAGCUGGCCCUAAUGGUAAUGUUCAGUCAGAGCUACUCUUCCGAAAGGAUCAAGCAACUUUUACUUUUGAUAAGGGUUGGGCUUUUCCUCGAAGAAUCUACUUCAAUGGUGACAACUGUGUGAUGCCAUCACCUGAUGCUUAUCCGUGGUUACCUAAUGCUGGUUCCCGGCAAGAGGUUUCCUUGUUUUCUUUAGUGAUGGCUUCUUUUGUAGCCUAUGUAUUUUAUGCAUACUCUUAAAGUUCCAAUAUGUGGUACACUCAAACCUUGUAAUAUAAAAUUUUCAGUCAGACCAGUUUUGACUCAUUUGUGAUGUCAAUUUGGUAUUUGAAGCAAAGGGGAGGAUGACAUGGAGUGGAAAUUGAAGAUUAUGUCAUGUGUCCUAUGAUUUGUUACAAAGGAUUCAGCAUAUUGGUGGUAGAAUUUGCUAUUGUAUUGUUAUUUGUGUCUGUUGUAAUGCAAUGAUACAUAUAUUCUUAUUGUAACUGUAACUGUAAUUAUAAUAAAUAUAUACAGCAACAUAUCAC